AUGACAGCUACGAAUCUAAAACCUGUUUGGGAGGAUCGCGAGAUCAAAUUCGACAUCAUGAAUAUCUACAACACGAUUCGUACCGGCGAAAAGGUGUUGGAAAUUCUCGACUCCAUUGAGGACACCAAGGGAAACCUUGGCGAUCGAGGCCGUCUGCUGGUAUCCAAUUUGCGUAUCAUUUGGUACUCGGUGACUACGAAUCGGUUCAGUCUGUCGAUUGGAUUCACAUGUAUUCUUACGAUGAACACCAAAACCGUGGUUUCGAAGGUGCGGGGAACGACGCAGGCGCUGCAUAUAUUGAGCGUAGGGAAUAAUUCCCGGUUUGAGUUCGUUUUCACCAAUCUCACCAUCAACAAUACGCGACAUUUCUCGGCAAUUUUUGAUAUUUAUCGACUUUAUCAGGGGUCGUUUCUAUAUCGGGAGUUAAAAUUACGAUCUUCGAUCGUUAGCGGUGGUCAGUUGAAUGUGUUACCGCAAGAACAGGUAUUCAACACCGUCAGUGGCGUUUGGAACCUUUCAAGUGACCAGGGAAAUCUAGGCAUUUUUAUCUUUACAAACGUACGCUUGGUUUGGUUUGCCGAGAUGAACAACAGCUUCAACAUAUCGCUUCCGUACAUGCAAAUAUCCAGCAUACGCAUUCGAGAAUCUAAAUAUGGACCGGCUUUGGUCAUCCAAACGCUGGACACAGCCGGUUCGUACGUGUUGGGUUUUCGUGUGGAUCCCCAGGACAAACUGUCGGAUGUUUACAAGGAGAUACAGUCACUGCACAGUGUCUACACGGAGACACCGCUGUUCGGUGUGUUUUACGAGCAAAAACAGGACGUAGUUCGUCCACCAACGGAAUCGAUUGACGACAUCGAAGAACUUGACCAGUCGGCGGGCGGGGAAAUCAACAGCAAAUUUACAACCUAUCUGGCAGAUUCCGAUACCGGUGGCAAACGGCGAAAGCCGUUCUACUGUAAGGAGUUGGGCUUCGCAAUGGAAGCCAUUAAAGAAGGUUACACACUGAAGGACCUGUGGGAAGUGAUUCCGAGUGCGACUUCGUCAAACACUGUAGGAUAG